AUGCAGUUUUCCCACUGGAUUAUUAUUGCUACUGAGAAAAGGCCGAAUAUAUCAGCAUCAGCUAUUCUUUCCUGGCUAGACGAGAUUCCCAACGACUGCCGCGCCGACACUGCGCAGCCGCCUGCCUGCAAGCGACGCCGCCUGAACCCGCCGACCCCCGACUCCUCGACCAUUUCCUACGACAAGAACAUAGCUUUUCUAGACAUACCUACCUCCCGAAAGGCAAGUCCGCACAAGCGGCAGGAGCCCGGCGGUGCCGAGACGCCCCGCUCAAAGCGCUUCCGCUCCAACAUCAACUUGGAACCUUCCAAGUUAUCCGCCGCAUCUGGCCGGUUAUCUCCCUCAAAACAACUCCGCGCAUUAAGGCACCAACCCGACGGCAUCGAGUAUCGGAAGCUUUCAGACUUCAAUAACAAACCAGCAAGCCUUCACAGCCUGCUCAAGAGCAUAGACACCGUAAUGGAGGGGCAGGGGAUAGUUGCUUCGUCUCAUCACCCAGCUCUCUUACAGGCCGCGGAAGACAACGGCGAUAUAUUCAACUGGGCUGCUAGCAGAGCCUCGUACUACUUUUCCAAUGGUCGUGAUCAAUUCGGCCAAACAUCUUCAGUCGAAAAUGUAUUGCGCAUUCUCAACAAGGCUAUCCAGUAUAGCUAG